AUGUCCAGCGAUAAAGUAGAUUCACUGGCUGGGAAGCUGGUGAUAAAGGCUCAGCUAGGCCAAGACAUCCGUCGAAUCGCCAUUCAUAAUGAAGAUAUCACUUUCGAUGAGCUCAUUCUUAUGAUGCAACGGGUGUUCCGGGGAAGUCUGUCAACGCAGGACCAAAUAACACUCAAAUACAAAGAUGAGGACGGAGACUUGAUCACGAUAGUCGACAAUUGCGAUGUUGCUCAGGCGAUCCUCUGCUCCCGAGUUUUGCGAUUGAAAGUCAUCGUGCAAGGUGACGACAAGUCGAACUCGGUCAGCGACUUGCGAGCGGAUCUCGUGCAAGUGCGCGAAAAGGUUGAACAAUUGAUCGAAAAAACUUUUCUCUUGACUCUGGAAGGCGGUUCCGGUGACGGACAGGCACCCAAUCCCAAAAUGAACGGUGACCACACCUCAUCGUCGUCGUCGCCGGCCAAUGACAGGGCCUCGAAGAACACGCAGUCGAAGCGAGAAACGAUCCCGCCGUUCUCCCCAUCGUCGAUUCAAUCAAGCGACAGCAGGCCCCCGUCUGUUCCGGCUCCAACUGCAUUUGCACCCUACAGACAAGAGCAGCAGCAACAGCCGGGACCUCAAGGACCUCCGUCACAGGGUCCACCUGAGGCUCGGCAAACCCCGCAGCCCCUUCAGCAGCCCCAAGCAAGACCACCUCCCCAAAUGACCGCUCAGCCGACCCCGCAACAGGUGCCUCUGGGAAGUCAACAGGUCAUGCAAGGUCCGCCUCUCCAAGGUCAGCCCCCGCAUUCCAUGGGUCUUCCCCAGGAGUCGAAGCCCAUGCAACCGAUUCAGCAGCAGAUGCCUCAGCCGCAACAACAACUGCAGCAAACGCAGCUCCAAUCCCAGCAGAUGCCCCAGCCGCAACUACAGCAAACGCAGCUCCAAUCCCAGCAGAUGCCUCAGCAGCAAAUCCCCCAGCAGAUCCCGCCCCAGCAGGGCCAGCCUUCGACCCAGCAGCCUCCUCUCCAUCAGCAAGGUCAACCUGGAGCACCUUUUAACCAAGGGGUGGCUUCAUUAUUCACGCAGAAUCAAGCCAACACGCGAAUGGCUCAAGUUGCCCCUCAAAACUAUCCUCUCACCCAUGGAGUUCAAGCCAGCCAACCCCCUUUCGCCGGCUAUAGUCCUUCGCCUUCGCCGCUAGGGCCGCAACAACAAGGCCAACCACAAGGAUUGCCUCAAGGACCGCCGCAAGGACAGCCGCAAGGACAGCCGCAGGGACCGCCGCAAGGGCAGCCCCAGGAGCAGUCUCAAGGCCAGCAGCCUCUGAACAGGCCGGUCGCGAACUUGAGUCCCGCGCCGAGCCAACAAGCGUGGCCACCUGGUCCCCCUCCCACAUUUCCCGGGUCCAUGUCUCCAGGAAGCGCGGGAAACCCGUACUCCCGGCUCCCUAACCAAUAUCGAUACGCGAACCCGCCUUCCGGAAACACCUACUAG